CUAAUCGUUUCUGCAUUUUCCUUGCUACCCUUGUUACUGAGAAAUGGCCACCAAUUUCGGACUGAGGUCGAACGUCCUGCGCGGUCCGCUGCUGCGCUCGGUGGCAUCGUCCCUGCGUGGUGCCCAGCCCAGUAUGCACACGCCGAUUCAGCAGCUGCUGAGAGCCCCGACCUUGAUGUCGGUGCGGCAUCACUCUCACCCGCGGCAGGAGCACUUUGUGGCCAACGAGUUUGGCCUCCUGUCAGACCAUAUACCCGCGCCGUGGGGCAAGCGCCCGCUGCCGCUGUCGAAGGAAGGGAUCACCAGCACCAAGGCCGAUGUUGUCGAGUGGAUGCGCGAGGUGUUUUCGCUGGUGACCUUGAAGUGGUACCUGUCGGGCUGGAAGGGCGCCGAGUUUGCCCAGCAGGCCGAGGAGCUGUACGGGCUGAUGAACGAGGCCUUCGCCAGGGGUGACCUGAAGAGCCUAAACACCAUCUGCUUCCCGAACAUGUAUGCCAAUCUCAAGAACGAGAUCAAGCGGCGGAAAGUCGACUUUGACUGGACGAAGGCAGCGACAGUCUCAGCACCCAAGGUGGUCCAGAUCCGCACUGGCCGCAUCACGUCUGACUUUGCUGUUGGGCAGGUUGUGGUCCGCGUGGACCAGGAGCAGGUGGUGACGCCGCUGGCGCGGAGAUCGGUCGGCACGGCUGGAGCAAAGGCCGCCAAGCCGGUGCAUGUGCGUGAGUACAUUGUGCUGCAGCGUGUUAUCACCGAUCCAGCUUCUCCGUGGGCCAUCUACGGCAAGCUUAACGUCCCCGAGUGGGAUGCAAUCAGCGCGCAAAAGUAGAAUGUUGUCUUUUUUAUUUUUCUGUCGCAGGAGCAAUAAACUAGUUGUCGUGCGGCACAAGAUCUUCCUUGCGCUUCAGAUCCUUGAGCGUCCG